AUGGACGAGCGCGCUCAGCGCAUGCGACGCCACUUCGUCGCCCUAGGCCCCGUCUUCGUGAAGCUCGGGCAGGUGCUCUCCACGCGCGCGGACCUGCUCCCGGCGGUGUACUGCGUCGAGCUCGCGAAGCUGCAGGACGCGCUCCCGCCCGCGAGCGCGGAGCACGCGGUGGAGCUCAUCCGACGCGAGCUCGGCGCGGACCCGGCGGCGUUUUUCGAAUCCUUCUCGCCGGAGCCCGUGGCGGCGGCGUCGCUGGCGCAGGUCCACCGCGCGACGCUGCGGUCGCGGGAUCGCGAUCGGGGCGAAGACGGGGGAUGUAUCGAUGAAGGGUCGGGGUCGGGCCCCCGGCCGCCGCCGAUCGAGGUCGCGGUGAAGCUUCAGAGGCCGGGGCUCGCCGCGAGCGUGGCGUUGGACGCGACGAUUCUUCGCGGCGCCGCGCGCGUCGCGCGGCGGUUCGUGAAGCUGAGAUCCGACGUCGUCGGCAUCGUGGACGAGCUCAUCGGGCGGAUAUACGACGAGCUCGACUAUCGCAGAGAGGCGGAGAGCUUGCGGAGGUUCCACGACACGAAGACGCGCGGCGGCGGCCUCGAAGGCCUCGUCCGCGCGCCGCUCGUCCUCGACGAGCUCUCCACCGGCGCGGUGCUCACGAUGGAGUGGAUCGACGGCGCGCGCUUGACCGACGUCGCGCGGCUCGCGACCGCGGGGGUCACCCCCGCGGCGUUGCUCGACCGCGGCGUGCGGUGUUCGCUGCAUCAGCUCUUGGAGACCGGGUUCAUGCACUCGGAUCCGCACCCUGGGAACCUCGUCGUCAGCGAGCGCGGCGAGCUCGUGUACUUGGACUUUGGGAUGGUCGUGGAGGUUCCUCCGCGCGCGAGACGCGCGAUGAUCCGGGGGCUCGUGGGGUUCGUGAACAGGGACGCGUCCGGGGUGGUGAGCGAUCUGAUCGAGCUGGAUUUCCUGCCGCGCGACGUGGACGCGACCGCCGGGGCGGAGGCGUUACGCGUCGUCUUCGAGGACGCCGCCGCCGCCACCGAGACCAAACCGGACCCGGACCCGGCGGGAAGGUCGCGCACCCAAACCCCCCUGAACCGCGUCCGAGGCGCGGACGACUUCCUCGGCGUCGUGAGUCAACUCUCCGCCGCGCUGUCCACGCGCGGCUUCCGUCUCCCGCCGUAUUUCGCGCGCAUCCUUCGCGCGCUCGCCGCGUUGGAGGGCACCGCGACGACGAUCGACCGCGACUUCAAGGUGAUCGAGCGCGCGUACCCGUACGUCCUCGCGCGCGUACUCGCCGACCGCUCCCCGGAGGCGAGGGAGUCGCUCAGACGGUUGGUGCUCGAGCCGGACGGGCGGUCCGUUCGGUGGUCGCGCGUGUCCAGGUUGGCGCGCGCG